AUGGGCUACGGCAGCAGAGCUCUGACUUUACUGCAGAUGUACUAUGAAGGAAAAUUCCCUUGUUUGGAAGAAAAAACAAUUCAGAAACCCAAAGAAAUUGCAACUGUGAGCAGUGAGGCUGUUAGUUUGUUAGAAGAGGUUGUGACACCUCGAAAAGACUUGCCUCCUUUGCUUCUCAAACUCAGUGAGAGACAAGCUGAGAGCCUAGACUAUCUAGGUGUAUCUUACGGUCUAACACCAAGAUUACUGAAGUUUUGGAAGCGUGCUGGAUUUGUGCCAGUUUAUCUAAGACAGACACCAAAUGACCUGACUGGUGAGCAUUCAUGCAUCAUGCUGAAGAUGCUGAAUGAAGAGGACAGUGAGCAGGAGCCUUGGCUUACUGCCUUCUGGAAAGAUUUUAGGAGGAGGUUCCUUUCUCUCCUUUCCUACCAAUUCAGCACGUUCUCUCCUUCGUUGGCAUUAAAUAUUCUACAGAACAAAAAUAUCAAACAGCAGUCACAAACCUCCAUCAGCCGUGCUGAAUUAGAAGCCGUUUUCAUCCCCUAUGACCUGAAGAGGUUAGAGAUGUACUCCCGCAAUAUGGUGGACUACCAUCUGAUCAUGGAUAUGGUGCCUGCUGUUGCCAGGAUGUUUUUUCUCAGCCAGCUGGGUGAUAUUUCUCUUUCUGCUGCCCAGUCGGCCCUUCUUCUAGGGAUUGGCCUACAGCAUAAAUCUCUGGACCAGCUGGAAAAGGAGGUAGAACUGCCCAGCAGUCAACUGAUGGGCCUCUUCAACAGGAUCAUCCGCAAAGUAGUCCAGUUAUUCAACACGGUCCAGGAAAAGGCUGUGGAGGAGCAGAUGGUAGCAACAAAGGAUAUUGUAAUGGAGCCAACACUGAAAUCUUUAAAUGAUGAUCUGGAAGAAGCCGCAAAGGAAUUCGAAGAAAAACACAAGCAAGAAGUGGGGAGGCUGAAGGAAAUGGACCUUUCACAAUAUAUUAUCCGGGGUGACGACGAAGAAUGGAAUGAGGUGCUGAGCAAAGCGGGCCAGAACGCUUCCAUCGUCAGUCUGAAAAGUGAAAAGAAGAGAAAACUAGAAACAGUCAGAGGACCCAAGCAACAGAAGAAGUUUAAGAAGACUAAAGAUACAAAGCAGAAGUGGAAGAAAUGACUUUGAAGCCAAUCAGUGAACUUGAAUUAAUGAUUGACGGGUCUGUACUGAAGAAGUACUAUUCUCCUUUCAAAGCAAAGGCUUUCCUUUAGAGUGGAGGGAGAGGGGAGGGUAAAAAAGCCUUAGAGAGGUUUUAAAAAGCAGUUUAUAUUAAGGGAAGUGCAGUAACACUGCCAGGAGACAGUCUAUAGAGAUUUUUGUAAGUGUGACUGCAGAGCUUGCAACACACUGGGAUGUUAUAAGGGUGCUUUCGCAGCUACAACGUUUCCAUUCAGUCAAAGGAGAUCAAUCUGUAAACUUUCCUGCAUCUUGCUGGUUGGUAUCUUUAUUAAAAAAAGAAUUUUGACAACAAA